AGCUGGCCCAGCAGUAGGCAGCAGGCACCAUGGCACCAAAGACACUGCUUCUGUUGCUGCUGCUGUUUCUGGUGGUGGUCUGGCCUCCUGCAGUACAGCCUGCGCCCCCCACCUGCUACUCCCGGAUGCUGACCCUGAGUCGUGAAAUCAUGGCAGACUUCCAGAGCCUGGAGGCUUCAGAGCCUGAGGAUUCAUGUGUGAGGUACUUGCCCCGGCUUUACCUGGAUAUCCAUAAUUACUGUGUGCUGGCCAAGCUGCGAGACUUCGUGGCCUCUCCUCAGUGCUGGAAAAUGACUGAAGUGGACACUCUGAAGGACAGAGUGCGGAAGCUGUAUACCAUCAUGAACUCCUUCUGCAGGCGGGACUUGGUAUUCCUCUCAGAUGACUGCAGUGCCUUAGAAUACCCAAUCCCUGAGGCCACAGGUCCUCCAGACUGGCAGAGUUAAGACAGCAAGUGGACCAGAAGAACAACCCAGAGGCCUGAAGCUGUCCAAAGCAGAGCCACGGCCCACCAGGUCUCCUUUUAGUGCAGCUGUUAGACCUGCCAUGUGUCUCUUUACCUUCAGAUAGACGAGUGAGGAUCAUGCCUCUGAGCAUGCUUUGUGCACAGUUUGUGUUUCCUAGGUGCCUCAUCGUAGUAUAAGAGGCACAACAGGAAAGUACACACUGGCUUCUCUUUGGGGAGCAAGCAGCUUGGGAACAGCAAAGUCCCAUGCCUUUGUGACUGCUUUAAUGAAAUAAUGGGACCAUUCUUCUUUCUGGUCUCCGCUUACUCCCAAAGGGGCUUCAACUUUAUGCUUCCUUCCUGUGCAAGCUCUCCUUCCUCUCUCUCAUUUUAAUGUGUUUUUACUGCUUUUGCGAUGUAGUUACCAGGCUUUUAUGUAGUGUGAACGAGCCACCCUUUCGCUGAAGGGUGAUGAAAACCAAAUAAACCUCUAUUGUGAGAA